CAAAAGCAGAUCGUAAUUAUAAGCAGCGUUAGAAAGGUCUGGGUUCGUGGAUAAAGGGAGAACGAGCCUCGGCGGAGGAGGGGUAUAUAAAGUGCCGUGCUGCGGCUGCCGGUCCUCUUUCAGCCUCCUUUCCAAGAUGACCAAGAAGAGAAGGAAUAACGGACGCGCCAAGAAGGGCCGUGGCCACGUCCAGCCCAUCCGCUGCACCAACUGUGCCCGCUGCGUGCCCAAGGACAAGGCCAUCAAGAAGUUCGUCAUCAGGAACAUCGUGGAGGCAGCCGCCGUCAGGGACAUCUCCGAGGCCAGCGUGUUCGACGCCUAUGUUCUGCCCAAGUUGUACGUGAAGCUGCACUACUGUGUGAGCUGCGCCAUCCACAGCAAGGUGGUGAGGAACCGCUCCUGUGAGGCGAGGAAGGACCGCACCCCACCCCCCAGGUUCAGGCCAAGCGGUGGUGCCCCAAGAGCUCCCCCAAAGCCCAUGUAAGGACAGCAUGAAGAUUCUGUGAAUUUCUACAAAUAAAUCAGAUUGACAAACA